GACUCCAAAGGACAAGGUGUAGCACUGAAUUCUGCAGACCAGAGACUUCUGGACGCCAGCUUACAGUUCCAGAGAAAACAAGGCAAAAGUACCAUUGAUGUGUGGUGGCUCUUUGACGAUGGAGGCCUUACAUUGCUGAUACCUUAUCUGUUGACUACAAAAAAGAAGUGGAGUGAUUGCAAGAUCCGAGUUUUUAUAGGUGGAAAAAUAAACAGGAUAGACCACGACCGCAGAGCGAUGGCAACGUUGCUUAGCAAGUUCAGAAUUGACUUCUCUGAUAUCAUGGUCCUUGGUGAUAUCAACACAAAGCCAAAGAAAGAAACUGUUGCAGCCUUUGAGGAGAUGAUUGAGCCAUUUAGACUACACGAAGAUGAAAAAGAACAAGAUGUAGCUGACAAAAUGAAAGAAGAAGAACCAUGGAGAAUAACAGAUAAUGAACUAGAGCUGUACAAAACAAAGACACACCGCCAGAUCCGGUUAAAUGAGUUGUUGAAGGAGCACUCAAGCACAGCCAACGUCAUUGUCAUGAGCCUUCCAGUUGCAAGAAAAGGCGCGGUGUCCAGUGCACUUUACAUGGCUUGGAUAGAGGCACUUUCUAAAGAUCUCCCACCCAUACUGCUUGUCCGUGGAAAUCACCAGAGUGUCUUAACAUUCUAUUCCUAA